GCCGUUAAACCUCAUCAAAGAAGAAGGAAAAUCAAGUGGGGUUGCGCUUGCAAGCUGUCAAGGGGGAAAGAAGCGAAGAGACAUCAACAAAAUUAUCUAGCCACUUCGAUUCUGUCUUUCUUGGACAAGCAUAGAGGAAUGGCUUGUGGUCCCAUUAUAGUUGGAUCUGCCCAUACUAGCCCUCAGGCCAGGCCUGAAACAUGAUCUUCAACUGCUGAGUAAAGAAUGAGGCCUCAGCAAUCCCACCCCAGAAACACCAUCACCACUACUACUAGCAUAGUCUGUUACACACACAUUACAACUUAACCCUCAACACCUUCCCCAGGACCAGCUCUUGUAUCCCCUUCUCUUCCUCACCCAAUCCCCUACCACCCCAACCACCCCAACCCAAUACACCCCACCUCACCAAGCUUAGCUUAGCCCACCUCGAGACUGGAGAGUCACCACCUGAUCAGCUCCUAGGCCCUGUGCGCCUCCAUUGGUGGCCCUCCCCGGCGGUGUGUUGGUGUGCAAUGGCGCGGCGGGACGCUGAGGGCUGCCGCCGGGGACUGUGAUGUCAGAGCCCGCCAGCCCGGGCGAGAGCCAGCGCUGCGCUCCCAGAUUCUUCGUGGGCUGCGAGGACGAUGAGAGCGAGGGCCUGGAGGACUACGACGGCUGCAGCAUGAGGACAGACAUGGAGCUGCACGAGGACGCAGACUCGCCCCCGGAGCGACAGAUCGUGGUGGGGAUCUGUUCCAUGAUGAAGAAGUCCAAGUCUAAGCCCAUGACCCAGAUCCUGGAGCGGCUGUGCAGGUUUGAGUACAUCACUGUGGUCAUCUUCCCCGAGGACGUCAUUCUCAACGAGCCCGUGGACAAAUGGCCCCUGUGUGACUGCCUCGUCUCCUUCCACUCCAAAGGAUUCCCGUUGGACAAGGCAGUGAGCUACGCCGAACUUCGAAACCCACUGCUCAUCAAUGACCUGAACACACAGUACUACAUACAGGACAGGAGGGAGGUGUAUCGUAUCCUGCAGCAGGAAGGCAUCGAUCUACCACGCUACGCUGUGCUGAACCGCGACCCAGAUAAACCAGACGAGUGUAACCUAGUCGAAGGAGAAGACCAUGUGGAGGUGAAUGGAGAGGUGUUCCCUAAACCCUUUGUGGAGAAACCCGUCUGUGCUGAAGACCACAACGUCUACAUCUACUAUCCCACUUCAGCGGGAGGGGGAAGCCAGCGCCUCUUCAGAAAGAUCGGGAGCCGGAGCAGUGUGUACUCACCAGAGAGCAACGUGAGGAAGACUGGCUCCUACAUCUACGAAGAGUUCAUGCCAACGGACGGGACGGACGUUAAGGUGUAUACGGUGGGGCCUGACUAUGCCCACGCUGAGGCCAGGAAGUCUCCUGCCCUGGACGGGAAGGUGGAGAGAGACAGCGAGGGGAAGGAGAUCCGCUACCCCGUCAUGCUCACCGCCAUGGAGAAACUAGUGGCCCGCAAGGUCUGCCUGGCAUUCAAGCAAACAGUGUGUGGCUUUGACCUUCUCCGAGCCAACGGUCACUCCUACGUCUGCGACGUCAACGGCUUCAGCUUCGUCAAGAACUCCAUGAAGUACUACGACGACUGUGCCAAGAUCCUGGGUAAUAUAGUGAUGAGGGAGCUAGCUCCUCAGUUCCACAUCCCCUGGUCCAUCCCUACUGAGGCUGAGGACAUCCCCAUCGUCCCAACCACAUCUGGCACCAUGAUGGAGUUACGCUGUGUCAUCGCAAUAAUCCGCCACGGAGACCGAACUCCUAAGCAGAAGAUGAAGAUGGAAGUGCGGAAUCCCAUGUUUUUUGAAUUGUUUGACAAAUACGGGGGUUACAAGACAGGGAAAUUGAAGCUGAAGAAGCCCAAACAACUGCAGGAGGUACUGGACAUAGCUCGGCAACUGUUGCUAGAACUGGGUGAUGGAAGAGAAGACUGCGAGAUCGAAGAGAAGAAAUCCAAACUGGAGCAGCUGAAGACCGUUCUGGAGAUGUAUGGCCACUUUUCCGGGAUCAACAGAAAAGUGCAGAUCACCUACCUACCCCAUGGGCAGCCCAAAACAUCCAGCGAGGAGGAAGACACACGUAAGGAGUGCCCUUCUCUGCUGCUGGUGUUGAAGUGGGGAGGGGAGCUGACCCCAGCAGGCAGGGUACAGGCUGAAGAGCUGGGCAGGGCCUUCCGCUGCAUGUACCCCGGAGGACAAGGAGACUACGCUGGGUUCCCUGGCUGCGGGUUGCUACGGUUACACAGCACGUACCGACACGACCUCAAGAUCUACGCGUCUGACGAGGGCAGAGUGCAGAUGACCGCCGCAGCUUUCGCCAAGGGUCUGCUGGCGUUAGAGGGAGAGUUGACGCCCAUCCUUGUGCAGAUGGUGAAGAGUGCCAACAUGAACGGCCUGCUGGAUAACGACAGCGACUCGCUCAGCAGCUGCCAACACCGCGUCAAGGCCCGUCUCCACGAGAUCAUGCAGAAAGACCAGGAGUUCACCGAGGAGGACUACGAUAGGCUGGCCCCUACAGGUGCAGCCUCUGUGGUUAACUCUAUGAGGAUUGUGGAGAACCCUGUGAUGACAUGCGACCAGGUCUACACACUCAUCCAGAGUCUCACCUCCCAGAUACGCAAGAGACUAGAGGACCCCAAAUCUGCAGACCUGCAGCUGUACCACAGUGAGUCUCUGGAGCUGAUGCUGCAACGCUGGUCCAAGCUGGAGCGGGACUUCCGGAUGAAGAGUGGCCGCUACGACAUCAGCAAGAUCCCGGAUAUCUAUGACUGCGUGAAGUACGACGUGCAGCACAACGCCACGCUGGGCCUGGAGGACACACUGGAGCUGUUCAGGCUGUCCCGAGCCCUCGCCGACAUCAUCAUACCACAGGAAUACGGCAUUAACAAAGUGGAGAAGCUGGACAUAGCGUACGCCUACUGCCUGCCUCUGGUCAAGAAGAUCCAGCUGGACCUCCAGAGGACCCACGAGGAUGAGUCGGUCAACAAACUCCAUCCACUGUACUCUCGAGGAGUGAUGUCACCAGGUCGCCACGUGCGGACACGUCUGUACUUCACCAGCGAGAGUCACGUCCACUCUCUACUCAGCACCUUCCGCUAUGGAGGCCUGCUCGACGAGGAGAAGGACCAGCAGUGGAAGCGGGCGAUGGACUACCUUGGUGCCGUUUCUGAACUCAACUACAUGACCCAGAUAGUUAUCAUGCUGUAUGAGGACAACAACAAGGACCCGUCGUCAGAGGAGCGUUUCCAUGUGGAGCUUCACUUCAGCCCUGGGGUCAAAGGUUGCGAGGAGGAGGAGAAAGCACCAAUGGGCUUCGGCUUCCGUCCCGCUUCUGCAGAGAAUGAUCAGAAACAGACAGACCCUGGCAGCUUGGAGGAUCUAUCACGUGAUGAGCCCGACCGGGCCCUGCCACUCUCUGAGCCAAUGGGCAUCCACCGGAGAUCCCCUCUGAUUCGCAACCGGAAGACUGGGUCUAUGGAGGUCCUGUCGGAGACGUCUUCAUCCAAAGCAGGCAGCUACCGUCUCUUCCCCUCCUGCUCUCGCCAGUCCCCUGAGAUGAAGCAGAGUGGUCUAGGAUCUCAGUGUGCGGGACUCUUCAGCACCACUGUCCUGGGAGGCUCCUCUAGCGCCCCCAACCUGCAGGACUACGCGCGCACACACCGGAAAAAGUUCUCCUCAGGCAGCCUGUCCUAUAAAGACGAGUUGUUGUCUAUGCCGGCAGUAAAGAGAUUUUCUGUGUCGUUUGCAAAGCAUCCGACUAAUGGCUUUGAAGGCUGCUCCAUGGUGCCCUCCAUCUACCCACUGGAGACGUUGCACAACUCGCUGUCCCUCAAGCAGGUGGAUGAGUUCAUCACCGCCGUGUGUGAGACUGGUGGAGAUGCCCACUCCAGGACCACAAGAGCUCUGUCGGCCAUGUUUGACUCUCAGAACCAGCCGUCGGUGGACUCCUACAUGCCUCAGAGAGUCCUCUCCUCCUCCGUAUCACCCCGACAGCGCUCUGACAGACCUCCCUGGUACAGCAGCGGUCCGUCCAGUACAGUGUCCAGCGCUGGCCCCUCCUCCCCCACCACGGCAGACGCCUCCCCCCAUUUUAGCUUCAGCGACAGACGCCCUUCACCCCCCCAGGAGAUCGAGGAGAUCCACUCCUGCCAUCACAACACAGGCCAGCAGGCCCCUACUGCUGGCCCCCAAACCCCCCAAACUCUCCAAUCCCACCAGCCCCACGGAGGACCCGACCACCCCCUGCCAGACACCCCCAGAAGACAAUCCUGAGGCCCCAGCCAGCCACCUGCCCCUGAGUGGGAACUCUGAAACAAGGCAGGAGGAGCCAGGCGAGUCCCCUGCUUCAACUGAGGCCACUUGCGGUGAAGUUCCAGACCUCAGCCCAUUGAGCCCGUCUUCCCCACUGGCAGACCUCUCUCUGGGCCGUAUGGACGAAUACCUCCCCGGUUCUCUCCCGGUGCUCCUGGAGCUCAGAGAGAGCGGCAGUGAGGCAGGAUCCAGCGCACAGACGCCCCAGUCCCCAGAGGGGCCUGACGAGUUCUUUGACACCCAGGAGACGGUGGAGAUGUGGAGGGGCAGCACGGGGAGCCUCCCCCAUUCUGGGAUGCCACUAGAGGUGGGAGCCCCUCACGCGUCAGAGCCCUAGGUGGGGGCUCAGAGAACCAGAGAAGGAGCCUAGGUCUUCUAAGAGGCUAGAAGGAAGUAAGGUAGAACUUCUAGGGGGCUGGAAGGAUGCUUCCAGGAAGCCCUUCAAAAACUCUUCAGCCAGUUCCAUGUGGUGAACCCCCAGUGGGGCAUCCUAGUGACCUAGUCUUAGACCAAGGCUUGUAACUUAUGUCUGGUGAAUAGUGGAUCGGGCUGCUACUUCUUAGUGUUUCUCUACCCUGGUCGUGUUCAUUAGGCACAAAAACUGAGGAAAAGGGACUGAAAAUGGGAGAGACUUCCUGGACUUGUCCAUUAACAUACGAGCAUUUUCUAUUUCCAUUAAAAAACGUUUUAAAAUGUUUUCCGUGGCCUGCCGUAAUGAACACGACCCCAGUCUCUCUCCCACAGCUGUCUGUGAACCAGCCGUUGUAGGAGAACUCAGUAUGAUCAUAGAACUACCACCUAGUACAGUACAACAUCCUUAUCAUGACUGUCAUGUAUGGAUGUUUUUGUUACUGUGUCCGAUAGAAAGCCACUUGUUCUGAAGUGAAGCUUUGAUGUUGCUGGUGUAAACAGUUUAUAAUGGGUGACAUCUUCUAUCCACUGAACAGCCCUCAGUGUGCACCAUUGUGGAGAUCUCGCCAAAUAUAACUGAAACAUUUAAAUUUGACGGGUGGGCUCGCAUAUUGCAUCAUGUACAUUGCUACAUACAUACCGUUUACUAUAGCUAGAAUUGCAGCAUGUCCACCAACUCAUGGACAUUGUAAAAGGAGAUGGUUUGAGAGACAUCUCACUUCAAGUAUUGUGAGUAAUACAUUUAUUUUUCCUGCUGGGAAAUGUACAUGUCAAAAUGUGUUGGAAAAUGUGUUUAUUAUAUGUAUAUUGUGUUGCAAUGUAAUUUAAACAAAAUUUCAUCAAGUUCGGCUUCGGCAAACACAAACAAAGCCGUUUCGAAAUGCAUUUUCAGUUUGCAACUUUAUUGCAGUAUAUUGAAAUCAUGGUCUUGUCACACAUUGAAAUGAUAAAUGCACCACAUGACUGGUCUGUGACGUUUCAUCAAACAGAAGAUGUCACCCUGUGUGUUUCCCCAGUUGUCCUAUUCUAGGUGAUCCUCUCCCUGUGAUGGUCUGUAUCACCAUUAAGGUCUGUUCACUUGAUAUGCGCCACAACUGUAUUGCAUCGAGCCAACAAGAGCCAAGCUAGGCUCUUAUCAGCACGCUGAGCUCCGAGAUAAAGUCUAUUAAACUCUGAUCUUGCGCUGCACCCGACCAAGCAGCGCUCAGCACCUUGUGCCGAUCAAGUGAACGGGCCUUAGAAACUCCUGACCAGCAGCUGAGCUCUUUUCUUAGGGGUAAAGAAGAUCUCCACUACAUGUAUGGUGAGAUGUAUUAUUGCCGUUUCCUCUUUUGAGAUGAAAUAUACUCAAAUCCUAGCUUGGUCCCACACUGCACAGAUGUAGGAUCUUAAUUUGAGCCAGUUUGCUACAGCAGGAAAUUAAUCUUGCAGGACCUGGAAAUGUGGAUUAUAAUUAAUGGACAUUUUUGUAGGGGGUCAUUUGAUACAUUUUUAAGUGGAAAUUACAAACUUCAGAAUCCUUUUUAACAUCAAAUACACUACACAAUUUGCAUUUCCUGCAUUGCAGGAAAGUUCUCCUGCAACAGGGUGAUCAAAUGAAGAUCUUACAUCUGUGUGCUGUAGCUAGCUCUUCUACUGUUGUCAAGCCAUAAACGUUGUCACGACAAUGAACGCAAACACAGCGGAGUUGGCUAAAGCACAAACGGACUGGAGCACCAGGCUACUAUCCCUCUAGCCCAGGUUUGAAAACAGCCCCUUGUCACUUCCCCUAGCCCCUGAAGGACCUGCAUAGGAGGGAGCAGUACUCCACCGACUUUUUUUGCCAAAUUCCUUAAACCUCAACUACCACUUUAAGUAAUCAUAUAGAAACCAUAUGACAAGAGAGAUCUAUAUUUAACUUUGAAUGACGCCUAGUGAGGUGAUAUUUUUAAUGCAGAGCCAUCAGAUUUAUUAACAGUUUUAACUUGUAUCAUAGCAACUGUAUAUUUUUGUAAAAGAUCACCUCAAACACAUUACUGUAUUAAGCAAUCUUUUUUUGGACUGAACAAAAGAGGUCAGGGUAUUUUUGGAUGGUUCUCUGUGGUUCCAUUGCAUUAGACCGUUUUUGUUGCAGGGCCUGUUCUGUGCGUGGACUGUUAUCAGUGUGUGAGAGAGUAAAUGAGAUUCUGUAUUUGACUAUUGGGGUUGGUGCAGUCGUAUCGUGAUGUACUGUAGAGACGAUUUAUCUCUGUCACCUAACACAAUUUAAUGUCAGUCAAAGAAUGAACAACACUGCUGCUGCAUAGAAUCAACAUUAACACUGUAAUCUGUCAUUGUUUCAUUUGAUAUGUACAGAUGUGUGUCAAUCUACACAAUGAAAGUCUAUCUGAUUGUGUGUAAUACCUUUGGUCUGUGUCUCCGGCCUACAGUAGGGGUUAGUGUUGUCUGUUGUAAAGUGUGUGCAACAUUUCAUCUACGGUUCAAGAUGCUAAACUACACUGAAGUGCUGUGUCUGUUUGGUUUGGAAAGAGAUUGAUUAACCCUUUUUGAGUCAUCUUUUUGAAGGAGUUGGAAAGUGAGUAGAUAAAAUGAAAUAGCUUAAUGAAGAAUACCCUGUUUAGCUGCUAUGCACUUCUAAACUCUUCAUGAAGGCUUUACGCAUGAAAAAUGCACUUACAUGCUUUUGGAGCUCUGUGAUUUCAGCCUUUUAACUUAAAAGAUUCAGCUGAGAAAACUCGCUCUGCUUUCAUUUCUAUGCUACUUGCUGUGUGGGGUAAUCGGCUCAAUGGCUCUAUGGUUUCUACAAAUGCAGGCCUAUUUCUCUAAAGAAUGUUCUGAAUAAAAUGUCCUGUGAAAUUA